UUUUUUCAUUGCUUUGCUGUAUGUCCCAGUCAAACAGUCAAACAGUCACUCUGAGCACAAUCAGAGGGACCGCAUGAGGUCAACUGUGACAGAGGGGGGAAAGCGUGAACAACAAGUGGUUGUGUGAUAGCAGUCUCUCAAUGGCGAGACGAAGCCGAAGCGUGCGAGAGAGUUGGAGCGUGCGAGAGAGAGUCGGAGGUUGGAGCGAGCAGAUGUGACGCGGCGGUCGCUUCAACGUUCCCCACCCCCCGCCUCCCACGACCUCCCAACACACGAGCCAACCUUGUGACGUAAACACUCGACGACUUGCUUGCUACCGAAUGACUGGGGGAUGGGGGGCGGGGAAAGCGAGCGUAGAGAAGUCUGUUGGUCUGUUGGUCUGUGAGCAACCUCUCACUCUCUACGACCAUUGUCAUCACCAAAGCAGAUUUGACGUACACUCGGAGCACAUUCCAGGGAUCAACUGGCACUAGAACAAGUCUCAUGGCUGACAAAAAAUCCCGCGUGGACCUCAAAAUCAUCCUGCUUGGCACGUCUGGGGCAGGCAAGACCUCACUGACAAACCGUUACAUUCAUGACGAGUUUAGCAACACCGAGUCGACCAUUGGCGCAUCGUUCGCCUUGAAGUCUUGGAAACGAUUCAAACUGGGAAUCUGGGACACGGCUGGACAAGAAAAGUAUGCAGCAUUGGGCAGCUUUUAUUCUCGCAAUGCUGGAGCAGCCAUUCUGGUCUAUGACCCCACGUCAAAAGCGUCGUUCGACGAGCUGCCGCGAUAUGUCAAAAUUCUGGAAAGCGCAGAGCCCAACUGCGUCGUUACACUGGUUGCCUCCAAGUCAGACCUGGUAGAAUCCCACCCGACACUGCGCGCGGUGAGCGAAUCGGACGCGCGAGAGUAUGCCAGAGUGCACGACUAUGGCUACUUUGAGACGAGCUCCAUGACCGGCAAAAACGUGCUGCCAUUGUUCGAGUCGAUCGCACUGACAUGUCUAGGAAGUCAAAUGACGGAGGAGGAGCGUACAAGCGAUGCGCGCUCGGCCACCCCUUCUUCAGCCGCCACGACAAAUACACCAGCGAACGAUCGGAUACGACUGCAUGAUGCUCCGAGUGGCGCACAGGCCAACAAGGCUGGAUGUUGUUCUUGAUCGGUUUUUGUUGCGUGCUUUUCCAACCGAAUUACACAUUCCAAAACAACCC